CAUCAAACAAUCUUUAAUCAAUCCAAAUCCUUCUUCCAACACAUAACCGUUCCAUGAUGAUGAUGAUUAAACAAUCACCAUUCUUGCUUUUAACAGCAAUCUUCUUGUUCACAGUUUCUAUUCUCACAGCAGCACUUGACCCUGCACCUGAAGACCCCAUUUUCGAACUCUACAUGCACGACAUACUCGGAGGAAGCAGCCCAACUGCAAGGCCCAUCACAGGCCUGCUCGGGAACAUAUACAACGGUCAAGUCCCUUUCGCCAAGCAGAUUGGUUUCACUCCUCCAGAAAACGGUAUAGCCAUACCAAACGCAAACGGUGCCCUCCCAACGGUUAACGGUAUCAACGGUGUUCCUCUCGGGACAGGCUUGUCCGGUACAGCUUACUCCGGUCAGAACCUUAACGGGAUCCAGACUCAACUAGGUCCUGAUGGUCUGAGUCUCGGGUUUGGUACCAUAACGGUCAUCGAUGACAUACUCACAUCUGGUCCUGACUUGGGUUCUCAGCCGCUUGGUAAGGCUCAAGGAGUUUAUGUUGCGAGCUCUGGAGAUGGGAGCACGCAGAUGAUGGCAUUCACAGCUAUGCUUGAAGGUGGAGAGUACAAUGACAACCUUAACUUCUACGGGAUUUAUAGGAUAGGAAGCGCCAUGUCGCAUCUGUCGGUGACUGGAGGAACAGGUAGGUUCAAGAAUGCUUGUGGGUUUGCUGAGGUCAGGCCAUUGAUUCCAUCGGGUCAGCAUUUUGUGGACGGAGCAGAGUCGUUGCUUAGGAUCAUUGUUCAUCUUAAGUACUAAGCAAAACAUAAAAAUGAGCCUUGCCUUAAGACUUUAAAAACUUGUGCAUGUGCGUGUGUGUGUGUGUGAAUGUUCUGUUUCUCGUUGUUAUACGUAACCGUUAUUGAUUGAAUGUAAAUCACAUAAAUCUCUGAAAUUUAUAAUAUAAGAAUUACGGUUUGGUUUGGCG